GAGUGAAUGUCACUGUAUAAAUUAUGCCCGCAUGAAUGGAAGAAGAAGCGUGCGCUUUUAUCAAGGAAAGUUGGGAAAAGAAACCCUAGUUCCACCUCACAACCACCGGACCCGAUGGAAGAAAUCACAUCUUCUGCUUCUUCCUCUUUUCUAGUCCCUCUGCCUCAGGAAACCUCACUGGAUCUCCAGCAAUAUCUUCACUUCUUACUGCAGAUCCGACCCGAUGAUUGGGUCUACUCCAUUUUCUGGCGGCCCACAAGAGAUGACCGCGGUUGUCUCGUCCUAACCUGGGGCGACGGCCAAUUCCGAGGGAUGAAAGGCCUCGCAACCCAUAACUCCAACAAUCAAAGGGUGUCCAAAGAGCUCGGGACACCCGAAGGCGCUGAUUUCAGGUCCUCCUCAAACAUGAAUACUAAGUUGGUCCAAAACGAGGUCUGCGAUCUCGAACGGUACUUCAUUGUCUCAGUCACAAGGUCGUAUUCCUCCAAGGAGAGCAUCCUCGGGCGGGCAUUAUGUUCUGGGACUUACAUCUGGCUGUGCGGUGAGGAUGAGCUCGGAUCUUACGAGUGUGAGAGGGUUAGAGAAGCAAGCAUGACUGGAAUCAAGAGCAUUGUGUGUAUAUCAACUCCUCAUGAUACGGGGGUUCUUGAAUUGGGUUCCACCAAAAGACUACAAGAAGAUUGGAGUCUAGUCCACUCAGCCAAAUCCCUCUUCAAUUCUCAUUUCUUGAGCACUGGAAUUAUUCCUCAUGUCCAUGGAGAGCAUCAGUCCAAUGGUGUUCUAAAGGAAGAAUGUUCCACGUUAGACGGAGCUGGCGCUUCACGCUGUGACACGUGUCCUUCAGACACGUUUGGGCCUUGGGGUUUCAAGAGUGACAUAAAAAGAGCGGGCGCGUCGCACAAUAUCACUUCCCCUUGCAAGAGGGCUGCGAUUACAAAGAUGGAGACGGAUGAUGCAGAGCCAGCCCAGUCGCCAUUUCCUUCCCGGUUGAACCAUGUGGAAGCCGAGAGGCAAAGAAGAGAGAAGCUGAAGCAGAGAUUCUACGCCCUAAGAUCUGUCGUCCCCAAAGUCACGAAAAUGGACAAAGCCUCUCUUCUCUCCGACGCGGUGAGUUACAUCAAGGAGCUACGGUCCAGGAUCAAUGAACUUGAGGGCGAGGUCAAGUUUCUGCCCCAAAAGCCUAGCCUGAAUAAAGUGGCCAGCCCUUUAGGCAAUGAAACCGAGAAGACAUUGCAAGUGAGCAAGAUCGGAUGGAGCCCCUCACUGAAUGUUGCCAUGGGUUUGAGCAAGAUGGAGGUGGAGGUGAAAGUGGUAGGCGAUGAAGCGGUGGUUCGGGUCCGGAGCCCGAACCGGGACCACCCGGCUGCGAGGCUGAUGGACGCACUCAAGGAGCUGGAGCUCGAAGUCCACCACGCCAGCCUGUCGAGCGUGAAGGGUACGAUGCUUCAGGACGUGGUGAUCCGGACGCCGAUUGGGUGGGCGAGCGAGGAGAGAUUGAGAGAUGCGAUUCUUGCAAGAUUGUGCAAGGUAUGACUCAUGGUUAAGGUGUUAGUUGUCAGGUUUGUGCUUUUGUGGUGGUGUUGUUAAUGAUUGAACUUCUGUCGUCAAAUUUUCAAUUGUCGUGUUGUUUGUCCAACUAUUUUUUUUUUUUGGCGAUCAUUCCAUGUUGUACUGCCACCGAAUACAUAUUGUUAUUUCAUGAUCUAAGUGACGGUCCGAUCUAACUUUUACAAAUAGUAUCAACAUAAAUGUUAAAGACCCUACAACAUUACAUCGAUGUUUUAUGUUGGGAUUUAA